GCACUGACUGUUAUCGACGACGACAUGGCGCAAAAGUUUGUUGCCGACGGGAACAACGGAGGCCCUGGUGAGAUCAGCGCGGCUCCGCAUGACAAGCACAUCCGUGCGGCCUUUGAUGCCACGAUCUCUGCUCUCUGCCGGAGAAGAGACAUCGCAAGGGUGAAUCAAGUCGUUGAGACCAUGGUGAACUGCAAGGUGGAGCCGAGCUCGUCUACCAUCGCUGCUCUUGCAAGGAUCAUGCCGCUGGAUUCGACAGGGGAAAUCCUCGCCGUCAACCAUCAGCAUACGAAGGGGGCCAAUCAAUUGAAUCUCACGUUGAUCAGAAAUUUUUCCAAACAUCUGUUCAACAACGUUGAAGCUCGGAACGCAAUGCUGUCCAGGGCUGCAAGCAGCAGCGUCACAGAACUGGAGUUGUUGUGGCAGAAGCUCCUGCAGGACAGCUGGGAGCCUGACAUUUGUAGUUUCAACAUCCUCCUUGCAACCUACGCCCGCCUUCGCGAUGUUGAGAGGGCAUGGAUGACUUUCGAGCUGAUUAAAGAGAAACGACUUGUUCCCACUGAGAGCACGUGCGUAUCGAUGAUCGUUGCUCAUUCAAAACUCAAGAGACAAGAUCAAGCCGCGUUUCGCGUCGUGGAGUUUGUCCAAGAGAUGAAGAGGAUGAAGAUCGAUCACACUGUUAAAACUGCCGCGGCCCUCAUCCGGGUUUACGGUCAACUCGGACUCUGCGAUCAAGCGUUGAUGGUCUUGGAUGAGUUGAAGAAAUUGGACAUCGAGCCGAACAUCAA